AUUUUGAAUCAGUAGCCCUUACCUAACACCAUGCAGUUUACAAAGACCGGAGGAGUUCACAGUGGACCGAAGAGAAAGAACACAGAGAGAUGGAGAAGGAAAGAGAUGGAAAUGGAGAAGGAGUUCCGUUGUUGGUAGAAAACAAGCAGAUACUAUUCAAGGGUUACAUAAAUGGGAUUCCGAAAGAGACGGACAUGGAACUGAAGGCAGGUGGGAAAAUAGAGCUUCGGGUCGCCAAUGGUUCCAGCAGGAUUCUAGUGAAGAACCUUUACCUCUCCUGCGAUCCUUUCAUGCGCGGCCGCAUGAUUUUCUCUCGCGCCUCCUACAUCCCUCCAUUUGUCCCCGGCUCGGUUAUUGAAGGAUUUGGAGUUUCCCGAGUUAUAGAUUCUGAUGACCCUGAUUUCAGACCUGGUGAUUUGGUUGUUGGUCUUACUGGCUGGGAAGAAUACAGCUUCAUCAGAAAAGACCAACAGUUGAGAAAGAUUCAACAUCAUGACAUUCCCCUCUCUUAUCAUGUUGGUCUUCUUGGAAUGCCAGGUUUCACUGCUUAUGCAGGAUUUUAUGAGGUUUGUUCCCCCCAAAAGGGGGAUUAUGUUUUUGUCUCUGCUGCCUCUGGAGCAGUGGGUCAGCUUGUUGGUCAACUUGCCAAACUUCAUGGAUGCUAUGUUGUUGGAAGUGCUGGUUCAUCUAAGAAGGUUGACAUUUUGAAGAACACACUUGGGUUUGAUGAUGCUUUCAAUUAUAAAGAAGAGACAGAUCUCAAUGCGGCACUGAAAAGGUGCUUUCCUAGUGGCAUUGAUAUAUACUUUGACAAUGUGGGAGGAGCCAUGCUAGAUGCUGCACUUUUGGAGAUGAGGGUUAAUGGAAGGAUUGCCAUUUGUGGAAUGGUAUCUCAACAAGACCUGUCUAACCCUGACGGAAUACGAAACAUGUUUUGCUUAAUUUCUAAACGCAUUAAGAUGCAAGGGUUCCUACAGAGCGAUUAUUUACAUCUGUUUCCGCAGUUUGUGAAAGAUAUGGUCAGUUACUAUCAACAGAAAAAGAUUGUUUACAUUGAAGACAUGAAUGAAGGUCUGGAAUCUGCUCCUGCUGCUCUUGUUGGUUUAUUCACCGGGAAGAACAUAGGUAAACAAGUUAUUCUAGUAUCCCACGAGUAAUUGAGAAGGUUUUAAUUUAAUUCAAAUAAGACUUGAUCAUUGGUUAAUUGUAGAUUUAAUUAAUAUCUUUUAACCUUUUAGUUAAUGGGUUGAGUAGUUAUCCUAGUUUGAUUUAGUC